AUCAACCUUACCGGAAAAGGGAAAAACCAUCGGAAAAUAACAGAAAAUGGAGGCCAUGAAGGAGACCGCCGCCAACGUCGGCGCCUCGGCAAUAGCCGGAAAGGAAAAAACCAAAGCUGUCGUCCAAGAAAAGAUGGAAAGAAUGACGGCUCAUGAUCCAAUGGAGAAAGAGAUGGCUACCAAGAAGAAAGAGGAGAGGAUCAACCAGGCGGAGCUGAACAAGGAGGAGGCGAAGGAGCAGAACGCGGCGGCGCGGCAGGGUGCGUCAACCACCGGCACCAACAAACCGCACUCGUAUUCAACCACCGGGAGGACGGGGAAUCCGAUGGGAGCUCAUCAGAUGUCCGCCAUGCCGGGGCACGGCACCGGAGCCCCGAUGGGGCAGGUGACGGAGGGGGUGGUGGAGUCGCGUCCGAUCGGAACCGCCACGGGGACUCAGAGGACCACCGUGGCACAUAAUACCCAUGCGGGGCGUGAGGUCAACAAGGGUUAUGGAACUGGUGGUGCUACUUAUAAUUAGAUUAAGAUAUUCCAUAUUUAAAAGAAUUAAAUAAGAUUAAGCUAAAUGAAUUACUAUAUUCUCAUGAAGUUAGACUAGUUCACUCAAAUUGAAUCACAUUUGUCUUAAA